AUGACGAGUGAAAUUUUCUCCCGAAGCCGUUUCCGAGUUCAAAGCGCCCCUCCUGGCCAGGCUCGGCAGCCUGUCAGGUAAAAAAUCUUUAUUCAUUGGACAACAUUUUUCAAAGAAUUCAGAACUUUUGCCGGUCGGAAACUGCCUCCAAUUCAGACCAAUCAGACUCAGAAGCCAGUGGAAAAAAGCUUCAAACCUUCUACGCCAGAUCGUGGGUUUUUUCGAAAUUAACUAAUUGUUCAGGUGUCAAAACUCGACUUCUCUUUCCUAGGCUAUGCAGAUUUCAUGUAGAAAAAUUCUAAAUUAAUUCAAAUUUUUGUUCUUUUGCGAAAAUAUGAGCUUUUUUGAAAAUUUAGAGGAUCUCAAUGGUAAUUCAAGUAGGAGAGGUACUCAGUUAUAGUCAAUGUUUCCCGACUUGAAAGGCGAAGGAGGCGGGGCAAGGGGCGUGACGCGUAGCGUGUGCGUUCGCGGUUCUUGGCGCCAGUUCAACUCAAUCGACGCCGACUGUUUAAAAAGCUCGGAAACCGCUUUUUCCUGUAUUUUCUACUAUUUUUUGAUGCACACAUGAACAUAAUCCAUAAAUAAUUGAAAAAAGUAAUGUAAAAAAAGCGAAAAAAAGGGGCUUUCCAAAUAGUCGGUGGCGGUUGAAUUGAACUCGUGCCAAGAACCGCGUACGCACACGCUACGCGUCCCGCCCCUUGCCUCGCCUCCCCCACCAUAUUUUUAAACUUUCCUGUUUUUGCAAUUCGCAAACUUUUCUUCCAGCCGAAUCAGUACGUCGAGUCCUCGAGCAGCGGAUGACCCAAGCGAUGGCCGGACCUGAAACGGUUUUGAAGAAACAGGCGAGCGGAGAUUCUUUGACUCAUCUCACCACACGGCGCGGAUCUCGUUAGUUGAAGAAAAAGGCUUGAAAGAAGGAAAAGUUGAAAAUAAUUAAGAGAAAUUGGAAGAGUUCGCUCAGCCUUUGUAUACUUUGUAACUCACAAUAAUCGGUUACAAUAGCAGACAAGGGCCAGACGAUCGAUUCCAAAAACAAGUAAUUGAGGGGAAAAAUCUACUUUCAAAAUCACAAACUGGAAAAAAAAAAUCUUACAUUUAAGCUUGAUCUGAAUUGCCUUAGUAAGGCUUUACUGAACUUUUGUCACUUGAAAAAAAAACUCCAGAAGAUCAAAAUUUCAGAUUCCAUUUGAAAAAUAUUGAAGGAGGGACGGAAUUUAUCAAAUCAAUUGUGAAAAUAGAGUAAAUGGACACCGAUUUUUCUCUUUCUGGACUUCAAACAUCAAAAAAAAAACUUCACGCAGCGUAAAAGCGAUGACGUAAAUGAGGUCCCGAAAAAAAAUUUCUCUAAUUUUACUUUUAUCUAACGUUUCCAGUCAAAAAAUAUGACAUACCCUCUGAAAAAACUUCAAAUUACCAGCCGUAAACUCAUUUACGGUACGUAAACUUCCAUGCACAAUACACAAAAUCCUUACCGAUGCAUGAUAUAACUGAACAGAAAUAACCAAGAAAAACAGUGCGAAUUUCAUUUUGAGGGCUGGUUCUCCAGUAAGAAACAAUUAUUAUUUUACUUCAAAAAACUUUACAGGGCGUAAAUCCCAGGGCGUAAAUGGGCUCCAGAAGUAAAAAGUUUUAAAUCUCAUUUAACACUUCCAAUUCAGAAGAGUUCACGUAUCCGUUCCGAAACUUCACACUUACCUGCCGUAAACUCAUUUACGCUGCGUAAAACAAAAAUCGUUACCGAUGAAUAAUAGACCUGAGCAGAAUUAGCCAAGAAAAACAGUGCUAAAUUCCUUUUUGAGGUCUGGUUCUUAAGAAAGAGAUGCCGUAAACUCAUUUACGCUCCGUAAACCUCCAUGGACAAUACACAAAAUCCUUACCGAGGAAUAAUAGAACUGAGCAGAAAUAACCAAGAAAAAUAGUGCGAAACUCAUUUUGAGGGCUGGUUCUCAAGAAAGAGACUUAUGUAGGCCCUCGCGCCGUCUUGCUGAUUCAUUUCCCUGAAAUUUCAAUUUCCGUACAGAGUUGGCCGCAUUCAACGCCUUUUUUUACUUUUCCCCUUUACAAUUCUCCGUCUUUCUUUUUUUCGUCUUCUCCUUUCCCAGAUGAAAAAUCGCAUUUUUCGCUCCAUUUCUCACAGCAAUCGUUACAUAUUACUAUAAGGGAAUUGAAAUCUGUAGGAAAAAAAUCGAAGUUGCGAGGUUCAAAUUUACGGGGGUUAAAAUUUAAAAAAACGAAAAAAAUCAGAAUUUCAGCGAAAAAAAUGAAUUUUUUUGAAUAUUUUUGGGCUUACUUGGAUAAAUGAGAAAAUUUCAAAUGACUGGGAAAAUGUUAAGGGGUCCCUUAAGAGAUGAGAAAAUGUUUAGUGGUCCCUUGAGAGGUAAGGAAAUGUUUAGUGGUCCCUUAAGAGGUAAGAAAAUUUUAAGUGGCCCCUUAAGAAUUGUGAGGAAAUGUUUAGUGGUCCCUUAAGAGGUAAGACAAUGUUUAGUGGUCGCUUAAGAGGUCCCUUAAGAGGCAAUUCAAGGACUACUUUGAGAGGGCACUGAACUGACCACUAAAAACUCCUCUAUAACGUCUUAGUAGCCACUCCAGUGGUUUAUAGCGUUCCAGUAUUAUCACUUCUGAAGUGGUCACUAAUGUGAUUACCAUAGUUGCCACUAAAACGUUAAAACCUUAUAGUAGUCACUGAAAAUUUUCACAUCAAUCGAGACGAAAAAACCAAUCAAGAAGUUCCAGUGCGCCGAGAGAUGGCGAUGACGUCACAAGAUGCCACUUUAGUGGAGCUCGACGCGGUGGAAAUCUCCAUGCUUCAUAGUAUCAAUCGCGCAAAGUGAGAACUAAGAGAAUUUUUCUUUUUUACGAACUCUUUUUCAAGUUAUGCCGGAAAGGAGGGAUCCUUCUACCACAUGGACGGCCUUCUGAAGCACGAGUUCGAGGAUGUUUCCGACGAGGAGUCCGAAAAAGUUCAGCGACGUCCGAAAAUCAGUCUCGUGCGACAGUUUGAGCAGGUUUUCGAUUUAUUUUUUUGAGAAUCCGGGAUUUUUUUGAGAGGGUGUUGAAAGUCGAAAUUACGUGAUCUCUGACGAUAAUUAGAUUUUUAAAAAAUUCAAUAGGAAGUUUUUUUGAAAAGAAAUUUUCUAUAAAGCGCUUCGAAAAUUAGGAAUCUCAUUUUUUACUCGAUUAGAAGAAGGGAAUUUUUUGGAUAACAUCCUCAGAUGUACAAUAGAUAUCUUCAAAAAUCUUAUAAGGGUUUUUUUUUUGAGAAUGAAGCUACUGAACUCCAAAAACUCGUUCAAAAAAUCUUACACCUUUUUUUUAAAAUCACUUUCCAAAAUUGUCUACUUACAAGAAGGCCCAUGGCUUCAGAAAAUCAACAUAAAUUCCAAAAAUUCGCCCCUGAAAUUUCAAUUUUCCAGGACGACAUAAAUGCUCCUCUGGACGGCGUCCGACUGUCUAACCUUGAACAAAGGCAAUCUGCUUUGAAAUCUUUGUCAGUUAUUUUUUUAAUUAAUCACAUAGAUUCAAUAGAGAUGAAGCACAUAAGGAAGGGCUUAUAAAUUUCUCGGAGUUUUUUCUCAUUUUGGAGCCUUUUGUGCCCGAUUUCAGUUCCUAGAGACCAAUGAACCAUGAAAAAAAUAAUCAACAAAGUCUGUUUUUCAGAGAAGACCGUCUGGCCGGGUAUCGGCAUGAGAAAAUGCGAUCCUCAACGAGGUCGGGUGACCUUCCAGAAGACCUGAUCAGCGGUACCUUUCUUGAAAAAUUACAAGUGCAUUCAAAAAAAAUUAUCCAGGAUUAGUAUACGACGUCGACUUUGACUGUUACUACAACCCAAGGACGGACACUUAUUAUCGCCUGAAAUCAAUGUCAAAGUCGGAGGAGGCCAAAUUUUGA